UCAUCCCCUUUCUCUCUCUAUACAGAUCGAUAAUUCGUCCCCUCUCCCCGCAAAUGCCUAUGCGACGAUCCUUCCUCUCUCGAAGGGUCUCGCGGUCGUUCAGGGACCCACAGGACGAAACUACGGCGGCGAUGGACGGCGCCGAUGCCGACGAGGCGGUGCCGCCGGAGUUGGACGUGGCUGGGUCGUGGUCGGCGAUGCUACCGGAAUUGCUCGGGGAGAUCAUUCGCCGCGUGGAGGGGAGCGAGGACCGGUGGCCACAGCGGCGAGACGUUGUCACCUGCGCCUGCGUUUCGAAGAAGUGGAGGGAGAUCACCAAGGAGAUUGUUAGAUCUCCUGAUAACUCCGGAAAAAUCACCUUCCCUUCUUGUCUCAAAUUGCCUGGCCCUCGAGAAUUUCCGAAUCAGUGUCUUAUAAGAAGGAAUAAGAAGACAUCAACUUUUUACUUGUAUCUUGCUCUUUCUCCAUCGUUCACUGACAAGGGCAAGUUUCUUCUGGCGGCACGAAGGUUCAGGACCGGUGCCUAUACUGAAUAUAUUAUAUCACUUGAUGCUGAUGAUUUCUCUCAAGGAAGUAACGCUUACAUCGGGAAGCUAAGAUCGGAUUUCCUCGGGACCAACUUCACAGUAUACGACAGCCAAUCGCCGCACAGCGGAGCAAAACCCUCAAGUCACAGGGCAAGUCGGAGAUUUGCAUCGAAGCAAAUAAGCCCCCAAGUUUUCUCGGGAAACUACGAAGUCGGGCAAGUGUCGUACAAAUUCAACCUCUUAAAAUCGAGAGGUCCAAGAAGAAUGGUAUGUUCGCUUAAAUGCCCGAUCUCAUCCCCGUCGUCUUCGGGGGGUGGCUCUUCCCCCGAGCAGAAAUCACCCGAUGCUGCUGCCAAGAUGAAGAAACCCAAGAUGGGACAGACUAUACUGAAGAACAAAGCUCCGAGAUGGCACGAGCAUCUACAGUGCUGGUGCUUGAACUUCCAUGGAAGAGUGACAGUGGCAUCGGUUAAGAACUUUCAGCUGGUUGCGACUGUGGACCAGAGCCAACCGAGCGGGAAAGGUGACGAGGAGACGGUGCUUCUCCAGUUCGGUAAGGUCGGGGAAGAUACUUUCACAAUGGAUUACAGGCAGCCAUUAUCGGCAUUCCAAGCCUUUGCUAUUUGCCUUACGAGCUUUGGCACAAAAUUAGCCUGCGAGUGACACGCGAAAAAAGGGAUAAAUUUGCAAGUAUGUUUCAACUGUAACAAAGAAGAAGACUGAAUGAAAUGUAUCAACCUAUGUAUUUAUUUGCAUGUAAAGGAACAAAUGGCUGUUUUUUCCUAAUCAGUUUGUGUUUUUCUGUGUCUC